GGAUGUGCAUGGGCGGGGUUUGGUAAGGAAACGCCACUGUUUCUGCUGUAUUAUUUUGUUUUUUCUAGCCACCAAAAAUCCAGUCACAGAGAAAAGCCAGGCUCCGUCACAGUGGACAAAUAUCAAACGUCAGAUAAAUUGUAAUAUAAUCUCCCUGCCAAAGAACAGAAAUAUAAGAGACUGUCAAUAUCAGUGCUCCGUUACUCAGGAUCUCGGAUUGAAAGCAGAUCUAUCUUUAUUGCCAAAAGCGGCGAACUGCAGAUAUUCGGCGUUGACCCGGAAGUACUAUUGACUGUAAACAACCUCAACAUGGCGACUUACACAGGUACUGAUGUUUCGGAUGAAAUUCCAGAACUCUCGGCAAGUGAUGAUGAAGCAGCAUGGGAAGAUGAAGAGCCUGAUCUAUCCCAGGACAGUCCACAUGUUCAGUGCCUCUUCUGUGCCAGGUUGCUUAAUUCACCAGAAGAUGUUUUCUCUCACUGCAAGGCAGAACAUAAUUUUGAUAUUUCCAGUCAGAUUCGCAAACAUGGUCUUGAUUUCUACGGUUAUGUCAAACUGAUAAAUUUUGUCAGAUCUACGAACUGCACUGCAGAUCAUCUGAAAUGUGUAUCAACACCAGUUCCUUGGGAAAGUGAAUUGUUCUUAAAGCCUGUUAAGGAGGAUGAUCCAUUACUUCAAUUUGAUGUAGAAGAAUGCUUGGACAUGCAGCAGGAUAAACAUUUAGAAGGUGAAGAAGCUCUUUUUCAGCGCAUCAAGCAAGCGGAAGACAGAGCAGAGCAAGCAGAAGCUGCACUGGCCAGAGCUGUUGAAGAUCUUCAGAAAAUGAGGCAGUUUGCUCAGGACUUUGUGGUGAACACAGAUGUCAGGGUCGGGAGUUCUGGUGCCAUUGCUGAUCUGCAAGAAGGUGAAGAUAGUGCGUACUUCAGUUCCUAUGAACAUUACAGCAUACACGAGAAGAUGCUUAAAGACAAGGUCAGAACAGAAAGCUACAGGGACUUCAUCUACAAGAACCCAAAUAUAUUCAAGGACAAGGUUGUUCUGGAUGUAGGCUGUGGAACUGGAAUUCUCUCAAUGUUUGCAGCAAAGGCUGGAGCUAGUAGAGUGAUUGCAGUUGACCAGUCAAGCAUUAUUUACCAGGCCAUGGAUAUUGUUAGGUCCAACAACUUAGAAGGUGUUAUCACCCUAAUCAAAGGGCGGAUUGAAGACUUGGAUUUACCUGUUGAAAAGGUUGAUGUCAUCAUAUCUGAGUGGAUGGGCUAUUUCCUCUUAUAUGAAUCCAUGUUGGACUCUGUCAUCUACGCAAGAGAUAAAUACCUUGCAAAAGGUGGUUCAGUAUAUCCAGAUCGGUGUACUGUUUCCCUGGUAGCUCUUGGCGAUAUGCAGAGACAUAAUGAUGUCAUAGGUUUCUGGGAAGACAUUUAUGGGUUCAAAAUGCACUGCAUGAAGGCAGCAGUGAUUCGUGAAGCGUUAGUGGAGGUGUUAAAUCCGGACACCGUCAUUUCUGAACCUUCUGUUAUUAAGGCCGUAGACUGCAACACAGCAUCAGUUUCUGAGCUUGACUUUUCAUCAGAUUUCACGCUAAGCAUAAGAGAAGAUUCUACAUGUAUGGCAUUUGCUGGUUACUUUGAUGUCUUCUUUGAAAAUAACUGCACUACAAAGGUCAUGUUUUCUACAGGUCCCAAGAGUAUCAAAACUCACUGGAAGCAAGUAAUGUUUCUUUUACAGCAGCCAAUCCCAGUUACAAAAGGUGAAGUUAUACAAGGAAGAAUAACCGUCCAAAAAAACAGGAAAGACCCAAGAUCCCUGAUUGUAACUUUGGCAGCUCGUGACAUGAAGCAGACUUUCUAUCUUCAGUAGUGAAAAAUAUACUGCUAGUUCUUGUUUCAUUACUGCCAGAUAAAAUAAAUUUUAUUUCUUUUUGAAGAAUAAGUGCA